AUGGGAGGGUUCAUAGGCCAUGCUGUGGCGGGAACAAUGUUUUUAACCAUCUCCGGGUGGUGGUUUAUUGGAGACGUCCUGCAAAUGAAUCGCCGCAGUGGAACACUCCGAGCUAAAGAUAAGCAGAAGGGGAAAAGGCGAUCCAACCGAUUCCAACUCGUGUGGUAUCACUGCCCGGGUCCGACGCUCUCCAAAAUUCCACUGGAGCCAAUGAUAAAAGUGGUCUUAUCAGCAAUCGGAAUCUUGGUUGAAAUGCCUUUUAACAAAACUCAGCAAAAUUAUAUGACGAACAGGGCGAACUCAUCACCAAGAACUUACGCAAUCACGGACACGCACUGA